UGAUCGGAUUGAUCCACGUUCCAAAUAUCAUCUCUCAUAUGAUUAGCUGAAGUGCGCGGCCCAUGUCGUCCCAUAGGUAUACGGAUUAGAGUCUCCAGCCGCCAAAAGGGACGGGUAAAACGUCAUGGCGCGGAUUUUAUUGUAUGGGACUGGUUGACUUAGCUAGCUGACAGGGUUGAUAUUAUAUUUGGCUGCUCGACAUCGUUAUUAGUAUUUGCUCCUAUUUAUUACUAUUGUGGCUUGGUCUGACAUUCGAUGAGUGACGUCAAGGAAGACGUGCGGGGAGAUAUUUAUUAUCUGCGUCACUUAUACUUCCCUCUUCUUCAUAUACAACACCACAGAUAGACACGCCCACGCCUCUAUACUACAUUCAGCCUGAUUAUACAUAAAAAUCAUCUCGAAGCCACCGCCAACAUGCCGUCUAUGCACGAACGUAUCCAAGAAGACCUCAAGCUCAAAGAGCGCCAGCUCUGGACAGCCCUAACAUCAGCCGAUCCCGCCCACGCCGUCAACAAACUCUGCUCUCCGAACGCGAACCUGAUCUUCCCCAACAAAGACAUCAUUGCCCUUAACCCGGAUCAGCCAGAGCAGAACGAAAAGACACUCCAGGAAGCUUUGGCGCCGCCUUUCCAUCGCUUCGAUGAUUUUUCGCUGAUGAACGUUCGGCCCAUGGUUAUUGAUUUGAUGGCGGGUACUAUUACGUAUCGAAUCAGUGCUUAUCGGGGGAAGAAGGAGUAUAAUGCUACUGGAAGUACUACGUGGGCUCAGGGUAGUGAUGGUGAAUGGAGGAUUGUAGCACAUCAGGAGACUUUGCUAUAAUUUUGUUUUUUACUUCUCUUCGCUUCUUCUAUUAUUACUUUAUAUUUCUAUGACUUGAUGAUUCUGACUGCUUGAAUUCUCGAUUCCUGGUUUUACUUGCCCUAUCCACCAGAACGGGUAUGAAAUAUCGGUCGAGGUGGGAAGAUGGAGGACUUUAGUAAUGAGCGUGGAGCUGUGUUCUUUUUGUUACUGAGCUAUUUCUUGUGCCUUUAUUCUCUUGUUAAGAGUUCAACCAUGGCAGAAUUCCUGAGACUAUUCU